UGUCAGAGCGGAUCAGCGGGCGCGGCGCUGCGAUGGAGCGGCGAGCGGCCACGGCAGCCGCCGGGAGAGGAGGAGGAGAAGGAGGAGGAGGAAGGGAGAGAUUAGCGCUGUGCCGGCUGGCGCAGAGGCGCGGCUGAGCGCUCCAGCGGGAGCCCGGGGCCCUGCGGACCGUGCGAGAGUGGAAGGCGGAAGGAGCGGAGAUGCGGCGGCUCUCUUCGCGCUGCUAACGCUCCCGGUCACUCGCCGGGAGGAGGGGGGGCAGGAAGGUCCGUCCUUCCCGCUGCUCUGCGGGCGCAAAGGGUGCCUGUGCAGUCCCCUCCUCUUCUCGCUUUUAUCCCAGCCCCGGAGCAGAAGCGGCCGCCGCCGCCCCCUCUCCCUUCCUGCGUUCUUCCCACCAUGAGCGGGGCUGUUUUCACCUUAUAAAGAUGGCGGUGUGGGAUCGCUGCAACCUUUAGACUAAUGACUGUCAGAAACAUCGCCUCCAUCUGUAAUAUGGGCACCAAUGCCUCUGCUCUGGAAAAAGACAUUGGCCCAGAGCAGUUUCCAAUCAAUGAACACUACUUUGGAUUGGUCAAUUUUGGGAACACCUGCUACUGUAACUCCGUGCUGCAGGCAUUGUAUUUUUGCCGGCCGUUUCGGGAAAAUGUAUUAUCAUACAAGGCCCAACAGAAAAAGAAGGAAAAUCUCUUGACUUGCCUGGCAGAUCUUUUCCACAGUAUUGCUACUCAGAAGAAGAAAGUUGGAGUUAUCCCACCAAAGAAGUUCAUAUCAAGGUUACGGAAAGAAAACGAUCUCUUUGACAACUACAUGCAGCAGGAUGCACAUGAGUUUUUAAAUUACCUGCUCAACACCAUUGCAGACAUUUUGCAAGAGGAGAAGAAGCAGGAAAAGCAAAACGGGAAACUGAAAAAUGGCAACAUGAAUGAAGCUGAAGAGAACAAUAAACAAGAACUCACCUGGGUGCAUGAGAUUUUUCAGGGAACACUGACUAACGAAACUAGAUGUUUGAACUGUGAAACCGUUAGUAGCAAAGAUGAAGAUUUUCUUGACCUUUCUGUUGAUGUGGAGCAGAACACAUCAAUUACACACUGUCUAAGAGACUUCAGUAACACAGAGACAUUAUGUAGUGAACAGAAAUACUACUGUGAGACUUGCUGCAGUAAACAAGAGGCACAGAAAAGGAUGAGAGUAAAAAAACUGCCAAUGAUUCUUGCCUUACACCUAAAGAGAUUUAAGUACAUGGAGCAGUUGCACAGGUAUACCAAGCUGUCUUACCGUGUAGUGUUUCCUCUGGAGUUACGUCUCUUCAACACAUCUGGCGAUGCUGUCAACUUAGAUCGGAUGUACGACUUGGUAGCUGUUGUUGUUCACUGUGGAAGUGGACCAAAUCGAGGGCAUUAUAUUACUAUUGUGAAAAGUCAUGGAUUUUGGCUCUUGUUUGAUGAUGACAUCGUAGAGAAAAUAGAUGCUCAAGCUAUUGAAGAAUUCUAUGGUCUGACCUCUGAUAUAUCAAAAAAUUCAGAGUCUGGCUAUAUUUUAUUCUAUCAGUCAAGAGAGUGACUUGGCAAACUGUGACAAUUGCGCACAACGAUGCUGCACACAAAGGAAGGUGAUGGCCUCCCCUAACCGACUUUGACACAGAUGACAUCCUGUAUGGUUGAACAACGAUGCACUCUGUCUCCUAUUAAAUGGUCUGUGUGAUAUUGACUGUAACUAUCCAUUUUUGACAUGCAGAACUGUUUGGUGGGGGAGGGUUGUUUGUAGUUUUUAAGUCUGAAGAGUUAAUUGCAGUCAGAUUUUCAUGGAAUUUAUAUGGACUAACAUUUACAGUUAAUAAGAUUUGGAUGUCAAGAGUUAAACCCAAUCCACCUAGAGUAGUAUUUUAUAUGGAAGUGUUCAUUGCAUUUAGGGCAAAUUUGUUUAAAAUUUUCUAAAUGGCUUUGGAUUGUGUUGAUUUACAAAGCAUUCCUUGAAAUACAUCCUGACAUAUGCUUACCCUUGUUUCAAGUGUAAGGAAAAAAAUCUGUUUCAUGACGAUCUGAGUUGUGGUCAUAUAGGGGAUUUUUUUACAUGUUACUCUUUGCUGCAAAAAAGAAAGACAUUCUUCCAUAAUCAUUUAAGCUUUGGAUUGUUGAAAAGUGCCAGUCCAUAACCUCAGGCCUAAAAUUCACAUAGAGCAAUUUAAAUUACAGUGGAACUAAGUAAGUCUGUAUAUCCAGUCACUUUGUUUAUCAUGAGAUAGUACAGAGGAGGUGGGGUUUCAGAAUUUACAGAGCACUAGAAUAAAGGGAGUGAGACAGCACAUAUGACAGAGAUAAAACACAUUUCUAGAGACUGAGCUUAUCUUUUGUUAAAAUGAUACCAUAGAUUGUUUUCUUGAUUUUGAGUUUGCAGAGAUUGCAACAUUGCUCAUUUAUAACAUCCAUCAGAACUGAAAUUACACUUAAGGUCCAUUUAAAUAAGUUAUGUCCAUUUAAAAUGUUGUUCAUACAAACGUAAGACAUGGCUUGAUCCUGCAAUUUUCUGAAAAUAUGUAAGUCCCAAUUUCAUUUCUGAAAACAGAGUCCAUUUCCUGACUACAUAACAUAAUACAUGACAGCCACUUUACACAUGCUGACAUAUAUAUAUCACCUCUAACAUUUUGGCCAUGUUUGACGGCAUUUGGGUCACUACAGAAACAGACAGGGCUUUGAAGUCUCUGAUUUUAAAAACAUCAAAAGGCUUACUGCAAAAGGCUUUGCUUGUGAUUUUACUGGGUGAAUUUGUCUGGCACUAGUCAUGCACUGGUAAUAAAAUUGCUAAAGUCACAUGCUGAAGUUUGGCAAAGAAUGAAUAUAGAAGAAAGUAUCAAUAGGGUAUGAGAAAGGAUCGAUAGCAGGUUGAGGCAGUGGUAACACUGGGUAACUCUCUUGCUUGGUUUGACACUUUCACUACAUUAGGUAGCUCUUUAACUUCAGUAGCCAAAUUCCUAUUCCAAUGAAGCCAGGAGAAAAAACACUCUUGUUGCCUUCAGGGGUAAUGUCAGUUGUUUCUAGUAUUUACAAGGAAAUAUUCCCAUCUCACAAAAUGUAUUACUACUUGGUUUAUUUCAUUCAUUCUCAUUAAGUAUUUAUUAGACAAAAAUUGCUUUUGGUCCUUUUGUUUAAGAAGCCUGCCUGACACUUUAUGGUCCACAAUCCAUUUCAAGAAAUGGAUUUUGAAGUGCAGCUGAAUCUUAUAUUUUAGUCUUUGUAGCAAAGAGAAUAACUUUUUUUUUUUUUUCCAUUAUAAUCUACUGUGAAUGUGAAAUAUCUUUUGUUAAGUAAUGGUGAAAAUGAAGUACCAGCUUCUACUGUAACAUCAAUUGGACUUAUCAAUGGCCAUUCUGUAAACUAAGGAAAUGUAGCACUUUACACUGAAUGAAAAACAGAAGUGGACUUUUCAUCUAACAUUAUUUGUGAUUUAUCAUGUUAUUAUACCCCUACAAGAAAACAGAUGUAGAAUGUAACCUUAGAGUACUUACUUGGGUGAAUAAUAGUAGUAGUCUACAGAGAUCAUUCAUGUGAGUGAAGGCUGGUAUGCAGGCUCAACACAAGCAUAACUGGGAUGUAGUUCUUUUAUUGAUGUUAGAAUGAAAUGUUCUGUCUCUAACACAGAAGACAGACAUCUUACAGGAGACUUCAACUCUCACUGAGGCCCAGAAGAUUUUCCACUGAAAAGCUAAACCUGCAAAUUGCUCUUUAACGGAUUUAUUUGUAAUAAUUCAGAAUUUCCAUAUAACAAUACAAUAAUCAUUCACCUUUUAAAGUGGGUAAGCUUUCCUCGUUGUGAAUAAAGGCACUUUCUAGAUUGGCAAUAGCCAGUGUUGGUCCAAAAGUCUGUACUUAAGAGUUUACUGCUGAAUGUUCUUAGGGGCAUUCUUCAAUUUCAUCAGAACAAAUAUUCUUAAGGUAUUAUUUGAAUGUUUAUAUGAAAAGUAAUUUUUCACAAAAAUAAAUUAAAAAUCAAUUUUAGGAAAUGUUUUCCAUAUCUCAGUUGACUUACCUGAAAAUUGGUUUUUUAAAAUGUUGUUAAUAUGAAUUAGCAUAGGAUAAUAAGCUUUGGUUUUUCUCCAGAUGCAAGAUAGCUCUGUGUUGUAAAGCACAUAUAAUUGCAGUAUGUUACUGAGAGUAAAAUUAGAAGAAUAAGCCUUUUCAUAAAGUAUGAAAAACCAUUUUAAAUUCAUGCUAGGCUGUGAAAAAACCACAGCACUGGUAUCACACCGGUGCAACACCAGUGGUCUGAAAUCAAACUAUGGAAAACUCACUUUACGACAACACCAGCUAAACUAAAGAGCAUUUUAUUUUGAUUGGAAAAUAAAAUAAUAAUCACAAUCACAGGUCUAUAUAUUCUGUCCAGUCUACAGUGUGCUGAAUGUCUUCCCUUCAGUCCAGCAAACUCUGUCACGGCUGUGUGAACAGUCCCACAUUAGGCAGUAAAGCUGCUAGGUCAAAUUAAGCAUAUUCACGUGGGUUUUGCACAUUUGGGAUCAUCACAGGAACAGUCAUGUGGUGUGUAAUGUAUUUUAGUUGAUGAAAUAAAACAUAAUCUUUCUUCUCUUAUGCUAACAUAUCAAUUUCCAAUCCCUUACAAAAGAGUGAAAAAUUAUCUAGGACUAUACAAGCUUUUCACUCAUCACCUAGAAGACAAAAUUGAAGCACAGAUGUCUAACAGUACUCUGUGCAUCCCUAAAAUGACUGUUUUUAGGGUGUUGAGUUCUGAGUGUAUUAGGCUUAAUGGUAUCUGAAGUUUUUUACUUGUUUCACAUGCUAUUGCUGAGAUGCAUUAUCCAUUUAUAAGACUUAUUACUACAUUCAUUCUUAGAAAAUAAACAUUUCAGUCCUAUGCUGUUUUUCCACCAAACCCAGUGAAGCACUGCAGUGCUGAUGAAUCAGUUAUCUUAGAGGAUGAGCUCAGACCUCAGCUUUUAUGUUUCAUGGAACAGGCUGUCAGGAUUUUAUGUAAUUUCUAUUUGCAGAACGUAGCAGAGAGAGGCAGAAGAGGGGAGUGAUGGAGAAACCAUACCUGUGAAGCAGAAUACAUUGUUGAAAUUAAGUCACAAAAUUAGUCUUAUCAAUUUAACUUUCAUAAUUUACAGUUACCUCAGAGCAGUAGAUUACAACUUAAACGUCUUGUUCCUUUCGCAGUUGGAGUAAAGUAAAGCAGUAGGUGUUUCCUUCAAAUUAGUUUUAACAAAGAUACUGAAGACCGAAUUAAGCUGAAACUGAAGUUGGCAUUACAUGGUGGGUCCCAAACUGCUACCAGAACCUUUCUUUCAUCUUCAGACAUUACGUUUCAUUCACCCAUCUGUUACAGCAUCAUGUAUUUGGGACCUGAGCCGACAACCUGCAGCUGCCAAUGAUUCUGCCUCUCAGCAGCAGACCCUUCCUGUUUCAUCUCUUUUUUUGCUGCUUGUGGCUGACAAACUUGAGCAAUAUUUUACAGCUGAAUGUGUACUAGAAAUUUUAAGAGGUUUUGGCUGUGUACCUGUUCUUUGCUAGUACCUUUUGUCAAUGUUUUAAUUUAUUUCUCUUUGUUGGUAUUUGUAUAAUAACUUAUGAAGUUAAUACUAGCUUUCUGAUUUUUAUGUACCUUGAUUUUUUAAAAUGUAAUCAACCCAGGCACUUUAAGCAACAAUGUCAAUCUUGUGAAAUUCCAAUCAGCUUAACAUUUUGCCUUUGUUCUGUCGCUUUUGCAGCAGUUUGCUUCUGAUCCAACAUCUGUAGUUACAACCCAAUUUCCAAUUUUAGUUUUGUAGUCCUAGUUGGGUUGUAAAUUAGGGAAGCCCAAAUUUGUUCACACAUAUUUGUUCAUACAUCACAAGGAUGCAGUAUUUACUACGUAUCUGCUACACACAGCUAUAUGUACCUGAUGAGCUGUACUCCUAAUGCCCAUUUCGCAGCCCUUUUUGCACUCUACCUGCCAACCCAUCUGAGAAUGACUGCAGUGCUUGAAUCUGUGUCACAGUUAUCAAUGACUGAAAUUUAGAAAAGCUCCACUUCUCUCUGGAGAAUUCUCUUUUACCAAGCACAGAGCUAGCUGUCAAUCAGCUGAUGAUACAGGUAUUGCUCUCUCUGCCAUUUUAUUUGUGCUCUGUUGUAAGAAUAGUCUUAAGAGCUGGAUUUAUUCUUGGCCCUUGUGUGAGUGCUAGCAAGGAGAGCAAUCUUUCUGUAUCUUUCUUCUCUCCUUUUGGGCUCAUAUAAAUGAAAGAGAUUACAAAGUGGGUAAGGCUGAUGUAAAAAAAACCCCACACCAUCUAUCAAAGACACCGAAUGUUUCUUAGAGGCCAGCAUCUGAAAGUCAUUGACUUUCUGUGUUGUUAAGGCACCUUGGUUUUUCAGACAUCAUAUUCUCUUUGAUCAAUCAAAAGGCCAUGGCUUUUUCCUGUUGCAUUAGUUAUCUUGCUGACGUGUUUCUUCUCAAUUUGACGUGUCCCUUCAUUUUUAAAUUCCCCUUGGCAAGCCUCAGCAGCACCCUUUCAUUUUUUUCCCAGUUAACAUGCAUUACAUCAAAGAGAUUUCUUGAACCUGUCCCCAAGACUUUUUCAGAUUAACACACUUUUUUUGUGUGUACAAGGUCAAAUAACACCUAUUGGGAGGCCUGUGCCCACCUGAUGAGACCAUCUGGGCUAAGCCCACACCUUUUUACACACUAAUGAUUCUUUACCCCCUGGGAGGUUUGCUUGCUGGCUUUGCCCGGAUGAUUUAAUAUGAAACCGCACAUACCUCCCUUUAUUCAUGGUCUCAGAGUUGCUAUAAUUCUUCGAUAAUUCUGCUAUUGCACAAUGUAAAAUGAAUUAACUUCUGUGCACCUUUCAUAGUGGUCAAUUUACUGGCCUAAUGCUUCUGAUGAAGGCUGCUGCAGGUGGCAACUUAGCUAUAGGUAAGAAUAUUAAAGAGUAGGUGACCUUUCUGUGAUAGCACAGUAGGUCUGUAGGAGGAGCCGGACUGACCUGCAGCUUCCUAGCUCUCAGCUUGUACCCAGCUGAAGGUGAUGCUCCAUCCUGUAGAUAAUCCUAACCCUUUUCCCAGAGGUUCCAAAAUGGCAGGAGCAAGCCCUCUGUGAAGACACCUUUCAGUUCACCAAAACGUCAUCCUUGCCACAGUCGAUAAUGAAUAUUUGCAACCGCUCCCUCCCCGCUCUCCAAAACCUCAUUAAUAGAUAUACAUUCCUUAAAGAGGCUGAGCUUAAGCGUCAGCUUUGUCUUGGCAGUGGUGUCCAUACUGGCAAACGUCCCAAGGCAGAUUGUGUUCCCAUACUAAAUUGUUUCCUAGUCCUCUGUCAUCCCUCAUUCUAACAGCAAGACCAACAUCAAGGCAGCCACAUUACAGGUUUGAGUGCUUUUCCUGAAGACAAUUUUCUAGCUUCAGUGGCUUUUGUGAGAGAAGACCUAACACAAGUUCCAUAAUACAUCCAUGUCUCUUUGGGAGUAAAGUCACCAUAUGCUGUAUGAAUAUGAGUGUAGGAUAGGAGGAAGAAGAAAGAGAAGAGGAAGAACUAUGGAAAGGGCUGGGUUGUUUUUUUUUUUGGAAGAUUUGAAUAUGUAUAUCUGUUUGUAUAUAUAUAGUCCCUCUCUACCUUGUCAAAAUGAUGCAAUCAUAAUAAAGCUAAUUGCAUAUUUUGUGCUAGUUUUUUAAAUGGAGUAAGAGGUAGUAUUAGGCACACAAUUGGGGACAUAAAAAAUACUGAAUUUCUAGUAAAGCGUACAAUACAUGGUGUAUGUGUACAGUUGAGUAUCUGCUCUUUUUAAUCAUGUACGUGUAAUUAAACCCUGCACUACCUGCAGAACUGUAAGAUAAAUCUCUUGUUGGUUAUUAAGGUUGUAACAUAAGAAAACAGUAUUUUAUCCUGUUA